GCAUGUCCGAACGGAAAUACAUUGUGGUAGUGGAAACUGUGGUCAAGGAGUCACCGUUUUGGCUCAAUUGGUACGUUAGCUUGAGCGCGGUUGUUGUUGCACAAACAGAGCCAAAAUGGAGCAGAUUCGCAGUGGAGUGUUCCAGAUGUAAAUUAUAGCUUCUACGGUGUCAUGUGAGUUUUGUUUACUUCCGUCCGAACUUCAGCUACACGUGUAGUGUAAGCCUACUAUCAGUGUGUCCCCUUGGCUAUGGCUGCCACCACCUCCAUCAAACCCUUCAGCCCAGAGGAAAGCCGGAGGAUUCUGGAUCAUUUGCAGCAGCCUGCAGUCUUCCUGAACAUGACCUGCAGCUGGCCUGUUCUCAACUGGACAGCAGAGCAUCUUUCUGGCUGCCUUGGUGACAAACUUGUCCGGUUCAGACUCGGGAGGAAAGAGGAGACAAACACUCCUCUAUUUGAGACACAGUGUUCUUACGAGGAGGCUAAAGUGGCUCAGUUUCUCAGCUGGACCCAGGGUCAGUUUGGGGCAGAUGUGGGGCCUUUUUCUAAAUAUUCCCACUCAGAAUACUGGGCCUAUGCUGACUACAAAUACAUCGCCAUGCUGUUUCACGAUCAGCCUUCCAUGUUUGAGGAUGUAAAGUGGUCCGAAUUUGGUUUUGAGGGACGUAAUGGGAGAGAAAGCACCUUAUGGAUCGGCACAGAGGGGGCAAAUACUCCAUGCCACCUUGACUCUUACGGCUGUAACCUGGUACUGCAGGUUCAAGGAAGGAAGCGCUGGCACCUUUUUCCUCCAGAAGACACAGCUAAACUUUACCCAACCAGAGUCCCGUAUGAGGAGUCCAGUGUCUUCAGCCAGGUGGACGUUCGGCAUCCAGACCUGAGGAGGUUUCCUGCCUUUCAGGGUGCCAGAGCUCACGUCGUCACUCUGCAGCCUGGACAGGUGCUUUAUGUUCCCAGACACUGGUGGCACUAUGUGGAGUCGGUGGAUCCCCUCACUGUCAGCAUCAACUCCUGGAUUGAGCUGGAGAUGGAUGACAUGGCAAGAAUUAGCGAAGCUGUGGCCAAGACGGUUGUCUUCGCAAUUAAAAGUGCUCGGAGUGAUGACAACAGUGACAAGUGGCUUAACCCCACAGAGGAAGGAAAAGCAUCCCAUGAUGAGAACAUGCAGUAUGUGAACCUAGCGGUGAGAGCUUGUGCUCAAAGACAGCAGACUCAGAACCCGAGAGACACCUGCCCAGUCAAGCGGGACUCGAGUGGACAAAUCAAGAAGAACCGAGACUGUGUUAGAAAUCGUGCACCAUUCAGUGUUCCCUUUGGACCACAUCUCAUCGCUGUAUGCUCUCAGCAAGAACUGAGUUUGACCCAGAAACAUCUAGAUGUCAGCUCUUCCAGGAACUGCACCGCUGGCUCAGAUGCUGAAUCGAGAAGCACUUCUGAAUCGAUUGUGAAACCCCACGAUGGAAAACAUGAAUGUAGCUCUGGUUUAACUCAAAGUGGACCAUGUGACUGUGCAGGAGGGACAUCAGAGCACUCUUCAGAGGAUUAUAAGGAGUUUAAACAUACAACAAUAACCACUAAUGACCUAUUAGGCUGCCUGGUGCAUCCUGAUAUCGUCACUCGUGUCACCAAGCUUUUAUUGGAAAGACAUAUGGGAAGUCACAGGAAUACUAUGCCACUCUAACUUUAAUACGCACCUGAGGAAGACAAUAAGUCUCGCUGAAGUUUGCAGUGAUUUAGAGAUGUGAGCAAGACUAAAAAAAAAAAAAAAAAAAAAAAAAAAAGAAUCUCUGGCUGCAGAAAUACAUCCUCUAAGCUACCGGUAGUGUUGUGAUGUCAGUUAUUCUUCUCUCAUUUGUCAGUUUCUCCGGGCCUUUCCCCUGGAUGCAAGAAGUCACACCUAAAGCAAAUCGUAAUCGCCAUCGAGUGGCUCUAACAUUUCCUUGUUUUGUUUACCUGCACAUGCUAAUCCUGUUUGGUUCCCCCAGAGUAGGAAAAAUGACCACUUAAAUCAAUUUAGUAUGCUAAUAAGCCAAAUAAUUCACAAUAAUAUUGCAGGGAUGCAAACAUUUGUUUUCAGCGUAAUGUUUCUCUGUCAGUCGGUAAUGGGAGUUGUCACUGAGCAGCCACAGAGGGCUGAUCGUAAUGGUUUUGUGAUUGAUGGAACCUGCGUUAGGAGCAAUGAAUGAAAUGGGACUGUUUGAACAGUCUGCUGCCACAGGUCACUCAUCUCAGAGGAGACAAAGGACGGGUGUGCAGCUACAGGCAGGGGGAUAAUAAAUGUAAUAUUUUCACAGAUUUCUUUUCUAAACUUAAUUUCUUGUAUUUGUUUUCGACGACUUAGAUGACAUUUUACACAUCUGAGCAUAGAUGAUCACAGAUAUAAAAUAUUGUGGCACAAAAAUGUUCCCGGUCGUGAUUAAAGGGGGGGAAAAAAUGCAAAAAAUUUUGACAUCACAGUCAAGAGUUUAUUUACAGAAUUUCAUAGGGAGGAGCAUCAUUUACUUUUUUCCUGAAUAAACACUAUAAAAAUAUGCACGGUUUUGCAUGUUUGAACACAUAAAGAACAAAUCACAUACACAACAGGCCUUUUUCACACUAGACAUUUUGAUUUUUCACAGUAGGAAAAGCACACAAGUUACUACUGACAUUAAGAGAAGUUGUUUUAAUGACAGUGAGCCAACAUGUACAACCCCUGGAACCUGAACCUGAAGCAGCUUAAUGGAUUUCAGCUUGUAAUUUUCUUACCAGGAUAUCUCAGAAUGUUUUCCAUAAAAAAGGCAAGAAUCAAGUAUACAAAAUAAAGCUGGUUGUCUCUAUAUGGUAAACUUUCCCUGGUCUUCAUAUGUUGUACUGUAUAAUAGUAUAGGUGCAGAUAGGUACUGGUUUCCUUGGUAAUAUAUUCAAGACAUCAGACAUUUGGUAACAAUGAGCUUUGAUUUCUGAAAGUCAAACCCAGCUAUUGUGCUUUAAUAUCAUUCUUAAAGGCACAGUGUAAACUGAAUCAUUUCUCCCAUGUGUUCUGUCACAGAUGAUGUAGGAUAUGAUUAUUAUGUAAGCAGCAUUAAAAAUACAACACUCUAACAUUGAGUUAAUAUGCAACAAAUAUAUGCAAAAUAUAAUCUUUUAAUUUACUAAAAUAACACUAUUGAUCAUGGUGUGAGAAAUAUUUUUUUUUGUCUCAAACACUUUAAUGUGCUGAGUCUCAUUCAGAUAAUUCAGCUGUAUAGUUAUAACUUGGAAAUGACUGGAGUGUUAAACAGGCUUCACAGAAUACAUUAAAGGUAAUGUCAGUGGUUCUAAUCAAAGAUACUUUUUGGCCAAAUUCAGUGAAUAUCUCCUCAUUGUCUGCUGGCUGUCUGUUCUUUGUGUGAGCUGAAUGCUGAAUAAAAAAAUCUGGUAUUCGCGCACAGCUCUGGCUCUGUAAAUGGGAAACAAAGUGGCUUGUGUGGCUCCACAAAACACUAUUCUAGUGUGUUCUGAGUACAUUCAUCACUAAUCACAUGGUGACUGUAGGUAUAAACCUGCUAUUUCUGCCUUUCAUUUCAUGUCUCUUUCAUCGCCUGCUAUCUGCAUGACCCUAUCUUUAAUCAAGAACAUGUUCUUUUAGGUUGAGAGCGUUAUUUUUUUAAUUUUAAAGGCAGAUAUUGUGUGGUUUCCCUCCAAACCUUGCACUAUUUCUUAAAUAACCUUUGCUCACAUAGAAAUCUGCUGUGUUGCUGCUCAAUCUGCUGAUUUUCUUGCACUUAUAUGAUCAUAUACUGUUGCUGAAUAGUUGUUCUGUGCUUCUGCUCUCAAGUUUGUGCUCUUACACUCGAAUUUAUGUGAAACAACCUUUGUAAAAAGUCCUCAACAAAUAAAAUGCCAGGUAUGA